CCAGGGUGAGUUCUGAUUGGCCGUUGCUUUUCCGCUUCCCGUGUGAAUUCUCCCUAAUAUCAGGAAUAUCUGUCAAACUCCAAUCUGAUUAUUGUACCUUGUGACAGUACCUUGUGACAGUGCUUUUUCCAAUUUGUUGUGCAGUCCAAUAGCAGCUAUAUAUUAAGAAGAGGAAUAUGGCAGAAAUAGCAACAAAUUUGAAAUUAGUGUGUGAAAAGAUAUUACGCGCUGCCUCAAAGAGAGCACCGAGAAUAUACCAAAUCGUCAGUAGAAUGAGAAAACGCAAAAAAAAUCUUUUACAGGAACGCGGAUACUGCGAGCCACGAUUGGUAGCGGUUAGUAAACUGCAGUCUAUCGAGUCGAUAUUAUCUGCAUACGAAGCGGGUCAAAGACAUUUCGGUGAAAAUUAUGUGAACGAGUUGGUGGAAAAGGCUUCGCACCCACAGAUUUUGAAGCAUUGCAAGGAGAUUCAGUGGCAUUUUAUAGGCAAUUUGCAGAGGAAUAAGGUCAAUAAGGUGUUGAGCGCACCAAACUUAUAUCUAAUAGAAACCGUUGAUAACGAGAGAAUUGCAAGUGCACUUAAUAAUUCGUGGAUAAAAUUUCGAAAGAGUGAUGACAAGAAGCUGAACAUCAUGGUUCAAGUUAAUACAAGUCAAGAAAGAGGAAAAAGUGGUUGUGACAUGACAGAAGCACCAGCUCUUGUAAAAUACAUUGUAAAUACUUGUCCUAGUUUAAAAUUCAUCGGCCUAAUGACAAUAGGAAUAUUUGGACACGAUAUUGCAAAUGGGCCGAAUCCCGAUUUUAUUAGCUUGUUGAAAUGUCAAGAAAUGGUAUGCAAUGAAUUAGGGAUCGAUACUAAAAAUAUUGAAUUAUCAAUGGGAAUGUCUAAUGAUUAUGAACAUGCGAUUGAACUUGGUAGUACAAGUGUGAGAGUAGGUACUGCUAUUUUUGGUAGUAGACCACAAAAGAAUAUUUGAGAAGAUAAAAUAUAACUGAUGCUCUAAAUUUAUGUAUGAUACUUUUAUAAAACUUUUUGUACACAAGAAUUAUCAUAUAUGUAUAUAUAGUAAUUAUGUAGUUUGUGAUAAUUCUAUAUAUAUAUAUGUAAUUUUUGUAAGAUCACGAGAAGAAAACGUGUUAAGUAAAUAAUGAAAUAAUAAUAAUAAUAAGCAUAUGUACCUGUUACAGUGUAUUAUGCCUUAGUAUAAUAUUAUUAUAUUUGGAACCUGUGACUCCAUCACGUAUCUAUUUAACGAUAUAAUUUAAACAUAAUUAGUGUACAUAUAAUAUACAAAAUGCUGUACAUACAGAGUUCACAAAGAUUCUCGAUUAUUGCAACAACUUAGAUGAACCGAUGCAUUGUAUUCACUACAUU